GGAGGGGACAUGAUGAAAACCACGGAGUGAUUGGUCAGCAAGCAUGAGUUGAACCGUUGAAGAAGAGUCUGCUCUUUCAAAGUUACGAACUGAAUUUUAUUGUCUUAAAAGCAGAGUCAACAAUGCUGAUAACCCCCUAAAAAACCAUAUGGCCGGAUCGGAGGCUUCUUCAGCCAUCUCCUCCAUUAUAAACAAGAGUCAUAGGAAAGUAGUGUAAAUUUCUGUUACUGGUUUGUGGUGAGGGUUGGGGGAGCAGAUAUGGCAGAAACUGAAAUCGCUCCUUUCCUGAAUAAACUGGGAUACAUGCUGUUAGCUGAGGCUGAUUUGCUUCAGGAAGUUAAGGAUGAUGGCCAACUCUGGUUGCUGCAUUCCAUGUUAACAAGGCUAACACCCUUUCUAAUGGAAGUCGAGAGGAAGCAAAGCAAAUGCUUCCUGAAGGACAUAAAAGAAGCCAUUGAUGAAAUCAUAAACCUUAUCCAUAAGGCUGAAGAUGUUGUUGAUUCAUAUUUGAACACUAUAAGAAAAGGCCUGCGGACGGAUAAAGCUCAUCGUGAAGUUGGAAGCCAAAUUAUUGGAAUGGUGGAAAGGCUCAAGAGACUGCAUCAGAUGAUCCUUGAUACUCGUGCCGCUGCUUCCGCAUCAAAGAGGCCAUUGACGACGAAUGAGGAUAGCAAUGAUGUGGUAAUAGGCCAGGAAGAUGAAGAAAAGAGGAUGAUAGAACUGCUGCUGCCCAAGGGUGAGAAUACUACUACUCAGCGUAACGUUAUUCCCAUCGUUGGGCCUGGAGGUAUUGGGAAGACGACUCUUGCUCGAAGAGUUUAUAAUGACCCAACCAUUGUGGAACACUUCCCUUGUCGUUUAUGGAUUCAGGUAUCUAGCGACUACAAGUUGGAAGAGUUGUUGCAGAACAUCAUAGAGCAAAUAAAGCGUUCUACAACAGCUCCUCCUCAUGUUGCUGCUGCUGAGAGAAAGGAGACAUGCCGCCUUAAAGAUUUGGCCAUUGAAACCUACAAGCUUCUGAAGACUACUCCCACCAGGUACCUUAUUGUUUUUGAUGAUGUUUGCACAACCCAAUUCUGGGCUGAUAUUCAUAUGGUUUUUCCAAAGAAGAAAGUAAUUGGUGGAAGUAGAAUAAUUUUCACUACGCGGCAUGAUGAUGUGACUUCACAUACUGCGAGGCCAAGUAGGCCUCCCUUUUAUUUGCUACAACUUUCGAAGGAGGAUAGUCAAGAGCUUUUCCGCAAGAGAGUUGGCUGGAAUCUAUUAGAUUCUCAGUCGGGCCAACAAUGGCAAGCAUGGGUAGAUGCAUGUGGUGGAGUACCUCUUACAAUAAUUUCAUUAGCAGACGAAUACAACCGUCUCGUUUCAUUAGCAGCAGAUCACAACAAAAAUGAUGAUGAUGACGAUGAUGAUGGUGCUGGCGAUGGAAAAGGCAAAGGCAAAGGCAAAGGCAAAGCUGAUGGUGAUGGUGACGGCUCCAGCUCUGAUAAAGAUCCAUUAUUGCAGAUGGAAAUUUGGAAAUGGAUUUAUCACAGCCUACCACAUCACUUGAAAGUGUGUCUCUCCUAUUUAUCUGGUCUCAAAGAGGAGUGGUAUCCCUGUUCUGAUUUCAAGGGAUUGAUAGUUGCAGAUGGUCUCGUAAAACCACCAUCAACAGUAACAGCAAUAGCAACAGCAACAGCAGCAGCAGAACUCGAAGAUCUUGCUGAGGAAUAUCUGAAUGAGCUUCUCAGUAGAAAUCUGAUUCAUGUUUAUAGUACUAGUUUCGAUGGGUGCAUAAAGGAAAUUACGAUUUCCCCUGCUGCUACUGCUGCUGCUGCUGCUGCUGCAUCUUCCAGUACAUCAAUGAAGUUAAAAGUUCACUCUUUGUUCAAGUGUUCAGGGACAACAAUGCCAAAACUAGACUUUGAUCAUAUUCACCAUGUUCUAAAGUGGCGAGGGAUACAUAUAGACUGGGAUAAGCAUAUUCGAGAGUUCAAGUCCUCGGAUUCGGAUCCAAAAUUGCCAGAAGAAGCUCUUCCAUUUUUCCAAAUGCCAGAACUAGACUGGAAGCUGAUUCCAAAAAUCGAUGAAAUGCCAUUGCCAGAAAAUCUUACUAUUCAAGAUUUGAAGUCGUGGGGAACAACGCUGACAAAAGCAGAAUUGAAGAAGAUUGUUCAAGAUUUCAUCUCUGUUAGGGUGUUGGAUUUAAUGAGAAUACCAUCCAACUGCUUUCCCUGCAGAAUCAAUCGGUUGAUUCAUCUAAGAUAUUUGCGAUUGCAUAUUAGAUAUGGGGAACCCAAUUCCCGCACCCACAGUGGAGAUACAGAUUAUGCGCUUGUUGCAGAGUCCCUGAACGACCUCUGGAACCUACAGUUUCUCAAAGUUACUUGCUCUUUCCUUCCUAUAAAUUUUGGGAACAUUAUGAGGUUUGGAAAGUCGGUUGUCCUUAAUGAUAAGGUUUAUAAAGGAGAGAAGAAGGAAAUGCAGUCCAGGAGGAUUUUUCAAGAGCUUGAAAAGAACAAGUAUAGAUCACAAUUUUUGUUCCCCAUACAAUUUUGGAAGAUGAGACAACUAAGGCAUCUUAGGUUGCCUGGUAUCAUUCUUGAUCCAAUUUUCAUUGAUAAAGUAGAAGUGAAUGCUGAUCGGAGCAUGAUAUUAAAGAAUCUCCAAACGCUGGAAGGUUUGGAUGCUGAGUUUUGCAUGGACAACAUACUGUCUAUGAUGCCCAAUCUAGUUAAAUUACGUCUACGUGGGAAAAUAUUUGUGUUUUAUGAUCAGUUAGCUCAAGUUUUUGCUCUAUUGAAGCACCUUCAAAGACUAAAGUUGGAUGGUAAUACGAUGGAUUUCAAUUUUGAAUCUGAUUCUAUUUCAACCGUUUCCAGUGUGUCACUAGGUAUAAGUUGGAAAUAUUUCCCCAAAACAUCACCCAUCUCACCCUGA